AUGACGUUCAAGUCUCUUGCCGCCGUGUCGGCCCUGUCACUCUUUGCAUCGUCUGCUAUUGCUGUCGAUGCCAGUCUGAAGAAUAAUGUUGCUGUCUACUAUGGACAAGGUAAUAACCAGCCCCGGCUCAAGCAUUUCUGUGAACAGACCACUUCGGACAUCAUCAACAUCGGGUUCAUUAAUCAGUUCCCCCAACAUGUGGGCGACUUCCCUGGUUCCAACUUUGCCAAUCAGUGUGAUGGCGCCUUUUUCCCCGGUACCGAACUGCUUAGUGGCUGCCACCAGAUCUGGCAGGAUAUCCCCAGCUGCAAGGCUGCCGGCAAGACAGUCCUGCUGUCCAUCGGGGGUGGUAGUGCCACAUCCCAGUCUCUCCCAGACGAUGCCACCGGUGAAUGGUUUGCGGAUUUCCUGUGGUACUCCUUCGGUCCUUACAAUUCAGUUCUUUCUUCAUUGGGUUGGACCGAUACCAUGCUUGGCCUACUUUACCCUCGUCCAUUCCUCACCGCCUCAGUUGAUGGAUUUGACUUUGAUAUCGAGUACAACGGAGGAGUUGGAUACGCUGCCAUGAUCAAUCGUCUGCGGGAGCAUUACGCCACGAGCACCGAGCAAACAUACUACAUCUCCGGUGCUCCCCAGUGCCCCAUCCCCGAUGCUCAGCUCAGCGACGCCAUUGCCAAUUCGUACUUUGAUUUCCUCUGGGUUCAGUUUUACAAUACCCAGGGUUGUUCUGCUGCGGACUAUGUCCAUGGGACCGGCAAGUUCAACUUCGAUGACUGGGUUGGUGUCAUCGAGAAGAGCGCCAACCCCAAUACUAAGCUGUUCAUCGGUCUUCCCGCUUCCGAGGCUGCCGCUAACGCUGGAUUCUACCUGACCCCCGACGAGGUGAAGCCCCUCGUCAAGACCUACAUGGACAAGCACCCCAAGCACUUCGGUGGUAUUAUGCUUUGGGAGGCCACCGCCGGUGACAACAAUGUCAUCGAUGGAGAAACAUACAGUGAGCACAUCAAGGAGAUUCUGUACGAUUGCGCUCCUCUCCCUGUCACAUCUACGACCGUUACCCCAACCCAUUCCUCAACUGUGCCUCCUGUUUCGUCUUCGACUGUCCCACCUUCCACCACUUCCACCGCGGUCGCUUCUUCCACCUCGGUUGCUUCUUCCACGUCGGUUGCUUCUUCCAGCACCGCCGCUCCUUCCAGCUCCGUUGCUUCGUCCACCUCUGUCUCCGCUUCUUCCACCUCGGUUGCUUCUUCCACGUCGGUUGCUUCUUCCACCUCGGUUGCUUCUUCCACCUCGGUUGCUUCUUCCACCUCGGUUGCUUCUUCCACGUCGGUUGCUUCUUCCACGUCGGUUGCUUCUUCCACGUCGGUUGCUUCUUCCACGUCGGUUGCUUCUUCCAGCACCGCCGCUCCUUCCAGCGAGUCUCCUUCCAGCGUCCCUAUCAGCUCUGUGACUGCUAGUCCUUCCGCUUCAUCUGGACACCCCUCCGCCACUGGAAAGCCCACCCACAGCUCGCAUGGCCACGGACACGGACAUGGACACGGCUCCCACACACACACCCACGCCCAUACCGUCACUGUUCCAAGCUCCACUCCCCUCACCUCGGGCCACUCCUCUAGCACCGCCACUGUCUCUUCUGCGAUCGAGUCUGGCGCCUCUUCUUCCACUAGCGAAGGCACCAUCUCGACCGGUGUCCCGUCUUCCAGCGACGAGACUACUGGAAGCUCCAAGCCUACCGGUGACAACACCACAGGCGGCUCUAAGCCUACUGGCGACAACACUACCGGAGGCUCCAAGUCUACUGGCAGUGAGACCACCACGGCCCCCGCUGGUAUCACCGCCACUCCCUCCGUCACUGGCUCGCCUUCCUCUUUGGCUCCGGGUACCACCACAACCAUCAUCGUGACCUCCUACGUUGAUAUUUGCCCAACUGGCUUCACCACCAUCACCACCACCAUUACCAAGACCUGGUGUCCUGGUGACUCACCCGCCACUCCCACCGCCACUGGCACCGCCGGGAUCACCGCCCCUACUUCCGGCCCUGCCACUUCCACUGCCGACAUCCCUGAAGGCUGGACUACUACCGUCACUGUCUGCACCCACUGCGCCGCUACCCCUACUACCGUGACCCUCACCAAGCCCGUUGCUACUGCUACCACUACUACCGAGGCUGUGUCGCAGCACACUGCCCCUUCGGUGCCUGAGGGAUACACCACCACUGACGCCUUCUGCAAGUACUGUGGCCCUACCGGUAGCACCGUAACCCUGACCAUCCCGGCCCCCACCGCUACUGCCAUUGUUCCUGGUGCUGGCUCCGGCUCUGGCUCCGGUUCCUCUGGAAACGGUGAGGGCUCUGGCGCUGGCUCUACCCCUGGCUUUGGUCCCGGCUCCUCUGGAAACAGUGAAGGCUCAGGCUCAGGCUCUGGAUCUACCGGCGAGGCUACAGUGCCUGGCGUCGCCCCCGUGGUGCCAUCUCCUUCCUCCAAGCCCGUCCCCAACAAUGGAGCCGGAGGCUUCCACGCUGGCAGACCGUCGUCCAGCAUCGUGUUCCACCCCUCGCCCUCGCGCACUGCCGUCACAACCACCGUCACGGGUACAACCGCAGAGCCCACCAGCAACCCCGUGGGCGUCUCCCCGGUCUACCCCGGUGCGGCCUCACGCUCCAACGUGGCCGGCCUCUUCGGUGGCGUCCUCGCCGUCGCCCUUUCGAUGUUCAUGAUUCUGUGA